AUGUCCAAGUUGAAGGUGAUACUUGUGGACUCAAACCCGUUUUUAAUCGAUGCAUGGAGCAGACAGCUAAGUUCGGCACAGCGUUUCUCCAAGCUCAAAUUUCCGUUGACGCUAACGGUAGAAACUCACCGGGGAAAGCUCGCAACAGUGCCCAUAGAAGGAGAUGCACGUACUGCUAUAGUGUCACCAGCAAACUCAAUCGGUGGAAUGGGUGGUGGGUUCGAUGAAGCCUUAUGCACGCUUUUCAAUCCGACGGAAGAGGUAAUCAAAACCGGAACUAGCAACGCAGUAGAGUCCUGGAUAAGAAGGUAUCUUCAUCACGGAUAUACUCCGUUGGGGACAGCUCACGUCGUCGAAUUCUCAGAUUUCCCACAAUUCAGGCAUUCCAAGGCAUGGACGCAGCUCCGAGCCAACUCUAUAGUUGUUGUGCCGACGAUGCGGGUCCCUCAUUCGAUAUAUACAGUCAAGGAAGGAGACUCGGAGGACGUGGUAGACACGAAGAAUAGGGGUGUUGUUUCAUUCGUGUUUGAUUGCAUGUGGGAGGCACUGUGUGCGGUGAACAGAUACAACGCGAGACUAGGGAUGCAGGACCAUGUGCCUGUAAAGGCAGACUUAGCCGGGAAGGUGGACACUUUAGUGAUUCCAGGUUUGGGAACCGGGUAUGGAAAUCUGCCCAUUGAGUUGGUUGCCAAGGGAAUGGUGGGAGCUUUAACGAUAUGGGGGGCAGAAUUGAAUCAACCGAGCAGGGAAACCAGCAACGUGGAUCGUGGCCUUUUGUGCCUAGCAUUUCUGGGCGAAGAUUACACGUUAUUCCACAACCCGGACAUUCUGAAAAGUCGGAAUGCAAUGUUCGGAGACUCCCAUAGAAGAUUCGACAUACUACAUCAAGAUGUGGGUGACUUCUACCGAUUAGUGGAAUAG